GCCCACGUUGGGCUUAAACCUUCUUUGCCAACAAGGGCCACUCUCGUCUAUUCUCUGCCAAAGAUCAUAUAAGUGAGAUUUAACCAAUGGGCUCAAUAUAAGCCCAAGUCUUUUAUGAUCAAGAUCAAGGAGUCCAUCUUCUCGUUGAGAUCGGUUGGUCUUUCUUUGGCUCGGCCCGCACGCAGACUUCUGCUCAGCCCAAGUUAGCUCAAGUCUCGGCCCAUUCUGCAUCUCCUUUCGACCCGAAUUGAUUCCCGAGAGUGCGAUCCCGAAACCCAGACCACUUCGUUCAGCUUCAUCUUGGCCUCCGGCCCAAAGGACCCGACCCGCUAGUAUGGGCUAUAGCUGUUGCUGUGCGGCGGCUCGCCCUGCGGCCGACCUAAAGACAAAGCCGCCCUCCCUCUACUCCUUCGUCCCAUUCACCGGCAGCCCCCACUUAGAUUCCACCUCCGGAGUUAGGCGGACAACCAGGUGGGUGGCGGGUGAUCAUCCGACCGUCUUCGACACGGGCUUCGCAUGCUUUGUCGCCGUGUUUGGAGUGGCCGCCGAGCGCGCCGCCGGUGUAGAACCCCAUCGAUCUCGCUCCGCACCUUCCUUAGGCGGCUCCUUCUCCGUCUCUUUCGAUGGCGGCAGAUCCCUCACCCGAAUGCUAUGAGGCACGCCCACAGCCAGCUUUAGCGCCUCCUGCGCGUCUCGUGUUGCCGGCGAAGAAACUCGACAUUUGGGAUUUUAGGGAUUAUAGAAGAGAAUUGGGGAUUUAGGGGUUAGAAGAUAGAAAUAGGGAUUGAGGGGUUAGAAGAGAAUUGCCGGUGAAGAAACCACUUGUUCACCAUCAACCGACUGCUGUUGUUGCUUCUGCUUCAGGGAAUCCUAACAGCACCAAUAGUGGUGGCAAUAAAGGCACAAACCCUAG